GGAAAAUUAUUAUAGUUGUGAAAACUGAAUCGCAUUCAUACAGUACGGUGAAGGCUACAGCCAUGCCGAACUCCACUCACUCCCUGUUCCAACUCGUACUCACAAACCUCGUAGUACUCUUCCUUAUCGUUUCAGCCCAACAACCUCAAGACACGCCCAUCGCUCGCUUCCAGCGCUACCUCCGCAUCAACACCGCCCACCCUCGCCCCGACUACUCCUCUGCCAUUUCCUUUCUCGAAUCCCAAGCCCUCUCCAUCAAUCUUCAAGUCAAGACCCUUGAAUUCUCCCCUGGAAAGCCCGUCCUCCUCCUGACCUGGCCCGGCUCCAAUCCCUCCCUCCCUUCCCUACUCUUUAACUCCCACCUCGACUCCGUCCCCGCCGAGUCCUCCAAGUGGACUCACCCGCCAUUCUUCGCCGUCCGAUCCCCCGAUGGAAAGAUAUUCGCCCGCGGCGCCCAGGACGAUAAAUGCAUCGGCGUCCAGUACCUCGAGGCUAUCCGGAACCUUAAAGAGAAGAACUUCGCGCCGGUCCGCACCGUCCACGUGUCCUACGUCCCCGAUGAGGAGAUUGGCGGGGUCAACGGGAUCCUUAAGUUCGUUGCCUCGGAGGAGUUCAGGAAAUUGAACGUGGGGUUCGCGAUGGACGAGGGUCAGGCCUCCCCAGGCGACGAGUUCAGGGUUUUCUACGCGGACAGGUCGCCGUGGAACUUGAUAAUCAAGGCUAAGGGGAUGCCCGGGCACGGUUCCAGAAUGUACGAUAAUAGUGCAAUGGAGAACUUGAUGAAGAGCGUUGAGAUUAUCUCUAGGUUUAGGGAGAGUCAGUUCGAUGUGGUUAAGGCUGGGGAAGCCCCCAAUUCGGAAGUUGUUUCGGUUAAUCCUGUUUAUGUGAAAGCUGGGAUUCCUUCCCCCAGUGGAUUCGUGAUGAACAUGCAGCCUUCGGAGGCGGAAGCGGGGUUCAAUAUCAGAUUGCCGCCUGUUGCGGACCCGGAGCUUGUGAGGAGAAGAAUUGCUGAAGAAUGGGCACCGGCUAGGCGGAACAUGACUUACCAGGUUACGUGGAGAAGGAUGACUCUUGAUGAGGACUGCACUACGACGGGGAUUCAAGUGAUUAUUUCACCGAUAAUUGAGCUGGGACCCCUAAGAGACUACAUGGGCCGCCCUUUGACGACACCAACCAAUGAUUCCAAUCCAUGGUGGCCUAUUUUCAAGCAAGCUAUCACUGCAGUAGGAGGAAAACUUGCAAAGCCUGAAAUCUUGGCCUCAACUACUGAUGCACGAUACAUAAGACAGUUGGGAAUUCCUGUACUUGGUUUCUCCCCAAUGAAAAAUACUCCCAUCUUACUGCAUGAACACAAUGAGUUCCUGGAAGACACUGUAUAUUUGGAAGGAAUAGAGGUAUAUGAAUCCAUAAUCAGAUCUUUGAGUUCCUUCGAAGAAUCAUCAUCUUAUUAGAGCACUCAGGGCGUCUCUAAAGGGGAGGAUGGUGUUCAUAAUUCAUACCUUUAACUUGACGCGUGGCAAUGUUAUGCUGGUACGAAUUGUGAUGUUGUAACUUUAUCUUUGGCCGUACAGUGCUUAUCCUUCAAUAAAUAUGUGCUCCCGAACCAAUUUUUAUGGGAAUGCUCUGGUUUCCAUAUGUAACCCUCUUGCUUUUUUUGGUAUAUAGUAUUCUUUGAACA